CUGUGAUAACUCGGCGAAUAUAUAUGAUACCUAUAUAAAAUAUAGCCUAUAGCACUCCCCGAUAAUGUAGCAUUCUACUGGUGAAAGAAUUUUUAAAAUCGGACCAGUAGUUCCGAAGAUUACCCCAUUUAAAAAAUGUGACAAACUUACAAACUUACAAACUUUACCUCUUUAUAAUAUUAGUAUAGAUAUCAUUUGUAAAUAUGUAUCACUAUACAGUUUGUUUAGUGGUAUGGUAUGUUUUGACUAUUUUUUUAAUUACUUGGCCUUGUGGACUACGGAACCCUAAAAGUCAAAAUUUGUGAAUUUAUAAACUAAAGUGUCAUUUACCCUCUAAACAUUCUACUCUAUGGUGUCAUUAUUGUACAAUGAAGAACAUUUUAAACGCCAUAACCAACAUUGUAUACGUUUAAUUCUUAAGGUUUAAGAAAGUUCUAAAUCUAUGAAUAAAAGCAACGACAUUAAAUCAUACAAUAAAGUUAAGUGAUGGGGAAUAUAAUUUUUUCAUUAAUAUGGUUGAUCAUCCUAAUUUGUGUUUCGUUUUGGGUCGCGAACAUUGCUGCCGCAUUUUACAUCGUGAUCCUUCCAUUUACUGUGUGUAUAGAAGGUUUAACAGCUCUCACAGACUUCUUGUUAUCAGUAAUUCAAUUCCCUAGAUACUGCACUGAGUCCAUGAUGGCCGGCAAGGGUUUUGGAUAAGCUAUUUUACAUUUGCAAAUUAUUUGCUGUUCUUAUAGUAAUAAUUAUGAUAAAUGAUUAAUGUUUUUAACUUAAACUUACAUACCAACAGCUAUAGAUAUCAGCGGCGAAGAGUUCAUGCAAGCCGAUUCCCACCGGGUUACCUUUAAAAAUCCAUUGCAUAUUUUUGUACUAUGUCUAGAUUAUCUGAGUAACCGAAGUUUGUAUCACGCUGUAUGAAUUUCCUUUUCUUUGGGAUGGCUUACCUUCAUCUAAUUCCAUCCAUCCUUUGCCACUGAUAGAUAUAGAUUUUAUUUUUAUUAUAAUUUAU